AUACCAAGUUCAGUUCGUGUUUGAGUCGACUCUGGUUCGGAUCGCGCGAAUAAAGUUGCGGUGAUGCGUUUUGCGCCUCGCGAUUUUUUUCGGGUCGAAAAUUGGUGUAAAUUCCGUGGGUUAAUUUGGAAGAAAAUGCGUUCUCAAGUUGCAGGGUUAUUGGUGUAAUCAAGAGGAAAAAUUCUGUUGUGUAUGUGUGUUUAAAUAAUUACACCGGUGAGCACGCAGAAGAGGGGGGUUGGUGGAAAAUUAAAGUCAGUCUCAAUAAUUGGCCAGAUCGGGAAAUCCCCUGGCCAGAGCUCCAAGUGUUUCUGUGUAAGUGUGCAAAGUGGUGUGUUUUGUUCACACGAGAUUAGCCCAAAAAUAAAAGGCUAAAAAGGAAAAGAAGUUAGAAGAAAUCAAGUGUUUGAUAAGUAAAACGUAGAACCGAAAUUUUGUGACGACCGUCGGAACGCGAGAGAGAGAGAGAGGAUUAUUAUUUUGCUGGCCUCAGCCGGUUGAAUUCGCACGGAGAGCGACUCAAAAGUGCGAGAGGAUCGCAUCGUGCACGGCCUGUGCGAAAAGUCUUACAACGCUUCCUCGCUAACCCGGUUGUCGCCACCCGGCACCUCGUCACACCAAGCUGGCGGAAAUGUCGACAGAACGGGAACUCACUCCCGGAGGGCCCCCGCCGAUGCACCCGCUGUCCUACUCGGACCUGGCCUCCCACAUCCAGCUGAACGGCGUCAACGUGAUGGCGAAGAACUUUAGCGAAACGCCGUGGAAUACUUCGCCGCCAAGGCCUCCAAGUCCGACUCAGUCGCAGACCAGCUUCGAUACACUCUCACUAGGACCGUCCGACAUCACAUCGACCGAGCAUGCCGUCGAUGCAUUUCUCGGAACGACAACGGAGCUGACAGACCUGACGACACAGCUAGACGCGACGACCCAACGGCGCGACGCUAUCCGCAAGGAACGCAAAGCCAAACGAGCUCCUCCAGCUGGUGCGACCGUCAACCCGACCCCGACGACCACUUCCGGCGCGCAGAAUGUCGCGACCAGCGCCCUCGGGGUCGUCCCGGCGACGCCGCCAGCCCCGCCGGAUCUGCCGGUGUUCACCUGCCCGCGGCGGCCAAAUCUGGGCCGCGAGGGUCGUCCGAUCGUGCUGCGUGCGAACCACUUCCAGAUCACGAUGCCCCGGGGCUUCGUGCACCACUACGACAUCAACAUCCAGCCGGACAAGUGCCCGCGCAAGGUCAACCGGGAGAUCAUCGAGACGAUGGUGCACGCGUACAGCAAGAUGUUCGGCGCCCUCAAGCCGGUCUUCGACGGGCGGAACAACCUGUACACGCGGGAUCCGCUUCCGAUCGGGAACGAUCGCGUUGAGCUGGAGGUGACGCUGCCCGGAGAGGGGAAAGACCGGGUGUUCCGCGUGACCAUCAAGUGGGUUGCGCAGGUUUCGCUGUUUAACUUGGAGGAAGCGUUGGAGGGACGUACUCGGCAGAUUCCGUACGAUGCGAUCCUGGCGUUGGACGUGGUGAUGCGCCACUUGCCCAGCAUGACGUACACGCCGGUCGGACGGAGCUUCUUCAGCUCGCCGGAUGGAUACUACCAUCCCCUUGGAGGUGGUCGUGAAGUUUGGUUCGGUUUCCAUCAGAGCGUGCGGCCCUCGCAGUGGAAGAUGAUGCUGAACAUUGACGUGUCGGCCACCGCCUUCUACAAGGCCCAGCCGGUGAUUGAGUUCAUGUGCGAAGUGCUCGACAUCAGAGACAUCAACGAGCAGCGCAAGCCGCUCACCGAUUCGCAGCGCGUCAAGUUCACCAAGGAAAUCAAGGGCCUCAAGAUCGAGAUCACCCACUGCGGUACGAUGCGCCGCAAGUACCGGGUUUGCAACGUCACCCGGCGUCCGGCCCAGAUGCAGUCCUUCCCGCUGCAGCUGGAGAACGGCCAGACGGUGGAGUGCACCGUGGCCAAGUACUUCCUGGACAAGUACAAGAUGAAGCUUCGCUAUCCGCAUCUGCCGUGCCUGCAGGUCGGCCAGGAGCACAAGCACACCUACCUGCCGCUGGAGGUCUGCAACAUUGUGGCGGGGCAGCGUUGCAUCAAGAAGCUCACCGACAUGCAGACGUCGACGAUGAUCAAGGCCACGGCCAGAUCCGCUCCGGAUCGUGAACGCGAAAUCAACAACCUGGUUCGCCGCGCCGACUUCAACAACGACGCGUACGUGCAGGAGUUUGGCCUGGCCAUCUCCAACAGUAUGAUGGAGGUUCGCGGGCGGGUGUUGCCGCCGCCGAAGCUGCAGUACGGAGGGCGCGUUUCCAGCAUGAGCGGACAAUUACCCUCUGGUCCACAGAACAAGGUGAGCUUAGCAUUACCAAACCAAGGGGUUUGGGACAUGCGAGGCAAACAAUUUUUCACUGGCGUCGAGAUCCGCGUGUGGGCCAUCGCCUGCUUCGCGCCCCAGCGAACCGUCCGGGAGGACGCGCUGCGCAACUUUACCCAGCAGCUGCAGAAGAUUUCCAACGACGCCGGAAUGCCGAUCAUCGGGCAGCCCUGCUUCUGCAAGUACGCCACCGGGCCGGACCAGGUCGAGCCGAUGUUCAGAUAUCUGAAGAACACGUUCAACCAGCUGCAGCUGGUGGUGGUCGUGCUGCCCGGCAAGACUCCGGUUUAUGCUGAGGUCAAGCGCGUCGGCGACACCGUCCUGGGCAUGGCCACCCAGUGCGUGCAGGCCAAGAACGUCAACAAGACGUCCCCGCAGACGCUGUCGAAUCUGUGCUUGAAGAUCAACGUCAAGCUGGGCGGCAUCAACUCGAUCCUCGUGCCAUCGAUCAGACCAAAGGUAUUCGACGAACCGGUCAUCUUCCUGGGCGCGGACGUGACCCACCCACCGGCCGGCGACAACAAGAAGCCCUCGAUCGCGGCCGUCGUCGGCUCGAUGGACGCCCAUCCGUCGCGGUACGCCGCAACGGUUCGCGUCCAGCAGCACCGCCAGGAGAUCAUCCAGGAGCUGAGCAGCAUGGUGCGCGAGCUGUUGAUCAUGUUCUACAAGUCGACCGGGGGCUUCAAGCCGCACCGGAUCAUCCUGUACCGGGACGGGGUGUCCGAAGGACAGUUCCCGCACGUGUUGCAGCACGAGCUGACGGCGAUCCGCGAGGCGUGCAUCAAGCUGGAGGCGGACUACAAGCCGGGCAUUACGUUCAUCGUGGUGCAGAAGCGGCACCACACGAGGCUGUUCUGCGCGGACAAGAAGGAGCAGAGCGGCAAGUCCGGCAACAUUCCGGCCGGAACGACGGUGGACGUGGGAAUCACGCACCCGACCGAGUUUGACUUUUACCUGUGCAGUCACCAGGGUAUUCAGGGUACCAGUCGCCCGUCGCACUAUCACGUCCUCUGGGACGACAACCACUUCGAGUCGGACGAGCUGCAGUGCCUGACGUACCAGCUGUGCCACACGUACGUCCGGUGUACGCGGUCGGUGUCGAUUCCGGCACCGGCCUACUACGCCCAUCUGGUGGCGUUCCGGGCCAGAUACCACCUGGUCGAGAAGGAGCACGACUCGGGCGAAGGAUCUCACCAGAGCGGUUGCUCCGAGGACCGGACGCCGGGCGCGAUGGCCCGUGCAAUUACCGUACACGCAGAUACCAAAAAAGUUAUGUACUUUGCUUAAAGUAUUUCACGUCGCUUUUUUUUUUAUUACCUUGUAUCGAUUCGGUUCAAAGUUGUGUUACAUGUACCAAUUGUACUAUUUAUUUACCCCUAAAAAACCCGGGACGGCGAAACGCACGAUUUUCUCGCAAGAUUUUCAAACACAAAAUUGUACAUUUCAGUAGAAGCGAUACACUAAAAAAUACGUUGGAACCGUAAAAGCAAAUUAAGAAACAAACACCAACAGAGAGAGUUGUUUAGUCAGGAUUUAACACAAAAAGUAACGAAAACCUAUGGAAUUAUUUAAAAUAGAAUAUUUGUAUUUUUCAAACCUUCAUUUCUGAUUUGAUCUUAUAUUUAGCUACGACUUAAAGCGCAUACGUUAUAUAGGUUAGGUUUAGUUCUUGUACGCAAUUCAAGGUAGUAGAAGUAGUAGUACAGUGGAGCGUUGGCGAAAAGAGGCUCCGCCCACCCCUCAAAAAAACUCGAGCAAUAGCAAUGCAAACAGGGCGGAGUCAGGAUUCGUCACGUCACUCUCACACCAACACAAGGGAAAACAACAAAAUCAAACAAAAAAACGCAGAGGUUUCUUUAGUCAGUCUUUACUUUUGCUCAAAGUAUACAAAUCAAAACAAAAAAGUACACGCUGAAAACAUCCUGAAUAGGUUUCGAUAUGGCUUUAAUCCAAAACUGAGAGGAGAAAGAAAAACAAACACAAAGGUUAGAAAUUUUCCAAGCUUCCAAUUUAGUUUUAACACACAAACACACACCAUUUCUAGAGCGUGCGCGCGUUUAGAUUUUAAGUAAAGAGGCUUUUAACAAACACACUUUUCGCAAAAGUUUGCAAACUUACUACCCCUUUUCUGCUUUACUUAGUGCUUUAUUUACAAUUUUUUUUCUGCGUUCGUGUUAGGUAAUUUAACAAAUUUUGUUCUCAAACUCUGAAUUGUGCGCGAAAUAAACGAAUAAACGAACAUGAUAAAAACUAAUACACACACAAAACUCAGCUUUAACAAAAAUCUCUAGAAAACUAAAAAACAAACAAACAAAUCAAAUCACUAUUUAGGGAACAAUCUCAACCCGCACACAGACGCAAUUUUAGACAUUCCUCAAACAAGAAAAAAAGUAAAUAAAAAAAGGUCGGACCGCUUUUAUAUCUCUGUGCAACGCAACGCAACGUGUGUCGAACAAGGUAAACAAACUCGAUCCCGAUUAAAUGGUUGUUUUUAUUUGUGUUUUCUUUGUGUUUAGAAACAAAACUCUCGUUCUCAAGUAAGCAGAUUUAACUUAUUCGCAUGCGUGCGUCACGAAACAAGGGAAUAAUUUUGUAAGUAGUUGAAAUCUGUUUUUCCUAUUUUUUUGUCGUCACUUUAAUAAUUUUUGCGACAAAAAAAUUAAAGAUUUAUUUUUUCUCUCAGUGUAACGGUCUGUUAUCUAUUGUCUAUGGCAUGUUUGGUCGGUGAGGCAAUUAUGUUGGUUAUUUUCACUCAAAUUUCGUCAAAAUUUAUCCUAAAUUUUAUCGAAGAAAAAAAAAACAUUGUAACAACUUCAGAAUAUUACGUUUGCUCUGGCAUGUUGGGUCGAUGAGGAAACACCGGCCAUUUUGUUAUUUUUUGCGCUAUCGACCAAAUAGAAAACAAAAAAAAAAUCAAUCUAACCCAGUUAACUCAAUCCGAAUUCUGAAACGGAAUCUAAUUUGAAUCGUAUACAAAUUCCGUUUCAAACGCAACAACCGGUUCCGUGCUCGAACCGGUUGUUGCGUUUGAAACGGAAUUUGUGUACGAUUCUAAUUAGAUUCCGUUUCAGAAUUCGGAUUGAUUUGACUGGGAAAACCCUAAUCAUACUUUUUUCUUAUGUGUUUGGUCGAUAAGGAAUCCGAACAUUUCCAAACAAAAAAAUUCUCAGUUUCUGCAUUUGGUCGAUGAGUGAGUUUAACCUCCAAAAAUGUAAAAUUUUGUGUAAUUUGAGAAUUUAAGACAUUUAGGAUUUAAAGAAUUUAGGAACUUGAGAAUUUAAGAACUUAAAAAUUUUAAAAUUUAUAGUUUCAGAUUUUUGAAUUUUUAAAUUUCAGAGUUAUGUUUUUUCGAUUUUUUUCUUUUUUUGUUUUCAAUUCCGAGGUCAUUGGGCAAUGUCUGGUUCUGUGUUUGGUCGAUGAUGUCAAUUAUAGUUAUGCACUCAAAUGUUGUCAAAAGUAGGUCAAUUCCAAGGCAUAUUUUAUAUGGAGAUUUUCAGAAAAGUAAAAAUUUGACAAUUUUCCAGGCAAAUUUAAUCUGAUUUUUUUUUCCUGUGGGGUUUCACCUUUCUGAUAAUCGCCUUAUAACAUUCGGUUUUCGUGCCAAUAACUUUUUUAACAGCUGGAAAACCCACCUUACCUUAUCUAAUCUACUCACCUUGGUCAACCAAAAAUUUUUGUGUAUCAAUUGGUCGAUGAGGCAACUGUGCCAUUUUGAGUGUUUGACUCGUUGACCAAACGCCUAAAAAAUCUAUUUACAAUUAUUUCGAAUAAAUAGAAGAUUUUAUUCCUCAAUUUUUCUAUGGGCGAUGAGGCAUUUGAAAAUUUUGUCAUACUCUCGAAAAAUUACCAUUUCUGGAAUAUUUCCAGAGUUUUUUUUGAAAAGGACCAAUAAACUAUUGUCUUUCAUAUGUUUAUAGGACCUAAUAAAAAAAACUCAAGAUUUGUCUGAUCUAAUCUAGCACAAACGCAGCCAGUCCGAUGAAAGCAUGCUGGAAAUUCUUGUGAUUAUUAAUAAUUGCAAUACUUCCGAGGACAACCCGAAAACGCACUAAAAAAAUUAAAGCGGCCAGCCCUACUGUGUUGUGUUUACCGCAGAGAUAAUUCUGUGAAGGGAUCACAUUUCACAGAAUCUACCGGGGAGGAGGAAUGUGUGGACAUACCGUGCCAAACGCUCCGGUUUAUUUUUCAACAUUUUUUUUUUGAGAUAUUUGUAUUUAAUCACUGUUCUUCAUUUGCCCCAUCGACCAAACGUCAAACCACAAAAACGUAGACCAUGUUUCACAGACCAAUCACUGAGAGAAGAUCGAACUUUUCAUCAAAUUUUCGUACCGACGACGCCAACUAGAGGAGCCAACAACCCAAGUGAGAGCCAUUUCAAGUAAAAUGAAAACGAGUAAGCAAAUUGUGGACGAUAACGACAUUUACGGAAGCCACUAAACUUCAAAUAUGGGAAUAAACAAAGUAAUGUUAGCAAGUGACUUGUAGUUGUACUAUAAAUAUUUUAGCUAGUAAGUGUAAGCAGCGGAUCAACCGAAACUUUCAAAACCCCCCCUCUCUUAAAACAAAACACGCAGUAUAUUAAACGUGAAUCACUCGUAAAAGAAACAUAAAAUGGAACUCAGUGUAAGAACGGAACUCAUCUUAAAAAAUCAAACCUAUCAAGAAACACAUCCAGCAACUUAUUAAAUAAUUAUAAAUAUUGCACAAUAGAUGUGAAGAACGUAAUUUAUUAGAAAAGAACCCCCCAAAAUAGACACAAAAUCUGAAACUGGGUGAAAUAUUAACGAAUAAGAAAGUUUUAAACAAACAAUCUACAGAUGUGAAGCAGAACACGCAUUGAAUUUUAAUUGUUGUGAAAAAUAGUGGAUGUGAACAAAUAAUAAUGCAGCAGCUAGAACAAUCGUCGAAAGAAAUAGAAAAAAAUGGAACAAACGUAACCUUAAAAAAAUCAUCCCCUCUGAACAAAUGCCAAAAUUGUUAGUUUUUUUUCGCCACUUUCGGAUAGCAGAAGAACCAAAAAAGUUUUACACUAUUUUGUUGAGUGUUUUGUUUUCUUUUUAAUUUAGGAAAAUGUGUCAAAUCUCACCAAUUUGCGAGCGUGUACUUCGUUUGACAGCUUGACUUCGUUUGGUGAAGGAGGUAUUAGAUUAUGGCAAACAAACAAACAAGACAAAAUGUAAGCAGGAUGACGUUUUAUUAAAACUGUCAAAAUGUGCUAGUUUGUUUGUUUGUUUGUUUGCCGUAGUCUAAUACCUGCUUCAGUUGAAUUCAAAAUGACCACCAUUUUGCUAAAUUUUCUUUUGAUUCAUGUUCAAACUAUCAAAGUUUGAAAACAUUCAAAAACAAAAGUGUCAGAAAUGACAUUUGGUCGAUUGAGCCACCAAAUCGAAUUCAAAAUGGCCGCCGUGGCUUCACUGCAUGGUCAGUGAUGCAAACAUAGAAUUCGUAUCUGUCAAAUGAAGUCCACCUUAAAAUUAAAUUUGUUUUCGGUCAUGAAAUCACCAACUUGACCUUAGCAGCAUCCAUUUUGUCUUCUUUUCAUGGUAGAGCCUUUCGUUGUCUUCCUAGAAGAAACGUUCUAAGUUUUUCAUCUUCCGAUCUGGCAAUUAUUGCACCUUAUAUCAAUAGUACCAUAUAAACAAUGAAUCAACACAGCAACUAACGGAUAAGCAGCAGCAGCAGCAGCACCACAAUUGAAUGAGGUUUCAGCCCAGCAAGUCUCAUCUCAUUUUUUCCUCGAUGUAACUUUCGUUUCGCCACUCAAAACCUUUUAAACUCCCCCAGAAAGCGAUCAUCAUAAGUAAAUAAAGAGAAAACAGAGUAAUAAAAACUAGUUUGUAAGGCGCGAGAUAUCGUGAGCAACCAUGCAAACGUGACAUCAAGAACCGGGAACUUUCUAUUAUUAAUGUUAGGCUGUAUUUUUGUAAGUAGAGGAGGAGAAGGCGAUGAUGAACUAUCUUAAAAAUAAAACAAGUGAACCAGCAACAUAUAACAGAAUAAACGUAGAAAUAAGUAAAAUGAAACAAAUGAUUAUGAAAAAAUGAGGACAAAGAAUCAAAGAUAUCAAACAAACUUAAAAAAAACAAGCAGAGAAGGUGAACAAUAAAGUAACGUGAAAGCGGAUAGAAAAACAGUAGAAUUCUGCGAAAAACAAAAGAACACAAGCUACUAAAGAAAGAAUAACAAACAAGGGAUUUUCAUUGCUAAGUAGAUAAUAAGUGUUGAAUAAAGAAACAAAAAAAAAGAAUUAAUUAACAGAAGCCAAGUUUUGCAUGUAAGUAA